GAGCUCACCAGGCUUGCUCAGAGACCCUGCACCAACUCACCCAGUUCCCUCCUUCUCGGUUCGCCUUUCCCCCUUUUCUCUCCUUCACUGAACGCACCCUCCACCAAUCCACCCCCUCCCACUUUUGCAUCUGACCAGAGGACGAAUGAGGGAGACGUUCCCGCAAAUUGGGGCAGCAACUUUACUCAGCUGGUCUCUGGGCUCAGGCAGCAGGAGCGCGCUGAUCCUCCGCGGUCUGCGGCCCAUGGAGGAGGAGCAGCAGCAGUGAUGGGCUAGCGACAGGAGCCAGGAGCCCCGAGCGAGCUCAGCCUUGCCACCCAGCUCCGCGUUCCCACGCCGGUUCCCUCCAUCCCGCUCCGUGGGAGAGCGGUUAGGGUGAAGACCCGGAGCAUCCAGGGAGGAUGAGGCGGGGACCUAGCCCGAGAGGGGUACAUCUCGCGGGCGUGCGGCAACGACUGUGUCUGGGCAUGAAUUAAGAAGCCAGGAAGAUGGAGCGCCGCACACUCACCGCCCAGCCUGGGCUCUGGACCAGAGACACCAGCUGGGCACUCCUCUAUUUCCUGUGUUACAUUCUCCCCCAGACCGCCCCGCAAGUACUCAGGAUCGGAGGGAUUUUUGAAACUGUGGAAAAUGAACCUGUUAAUGUGGAAGAACUAGCUUUCAAGUUUGCAGUCACCAGCAUUAACAGAAACCGAACCCUGAUGCCGAACACCACAUUAACCUAUGACAUCCAGAGAAUUAAUCUUUUUGAUAGUUUCGAAGCUUCACGGAGAGCAUGCGAUCAGCUGGCUCUUGGUGUGGCUGCCCUCUUCGGCCCUUCCCACAGUUCCUCCGUCAGUGCUGUGCAGUCUAUUUGCAACGCUCUCGAAGUUCCACACAUACAGACCCGCUGGAAACACCCCUCAGUGGACAACAAAGAUUUGUUUUACAUCAACCUCUACCCAGAUUACGCAGCUAUCAGCAGGGCGGUCCUGGAUCUGGUCCUUUAUUACAACUGGAAAACAGUGACUGUGGUGUAUGAAGACAGCACAGGUCUAAUUCGUCUGCAAGAGCUCAUCAAAGCUCCCUCCAGAUAUAACAUUAAAAUCAAAAUCCGCCAGCUGCCCUCUGGGAAUAAGGAUGCCAAGCCUUUACUCAAGGAGAUGAAGAAGGGCAAGGAGUUCUACGUGAUAUUUGAUUGUUCGCAUGAAACAGCUGCUGAAAUUCUUAAGCAGAUUUUGUUCAUGGGAAUGAUGACCGAGUACUAUCACUACUUUUUCACAACCCUGGACUUAUUUGCUUUAGAUCUGGAGCUCUAUAGGUACAGUGGUGUAAAUAUGACUGGUUUCCGGCUGCUCAACAUUGACAAUCCUCAUGUGUCAUCCAUCAUCGAGAAGUGGUCCAUGGAGCGCUUACAGGCUCCCCCAAGGCCAGAGACUGGUCUUUUGGAUGGAAUGAUGACAACUGAGGCAGCUCUGAUGUACGAUGCUGUGUACAUGGUGGCCAUUGCCUCCCACCGGGCCUCGCAGCUGACUGUCAGCUCCUUACAGUGCCACCGACACAAGCCAUGGCGCCUCGGACCCAGAUUUAUGAACCUGAUCAAAGAGGCUCGGUGGGAUGGAUUGACCGGGAGAAUCACCUUCAAUAAGACCGAUGGCCUGCGGAAGGAUUUUGAUCUGGACAUUAUUAGUCUCAAAGAGGAAGGAACUGAAAAGGCUGCUGGAGAAGUGUCUAAGCACUUGUUUAAAGUGUGGAAGAAGAUUGGGAUUUGGAACUCCAACAGUGGGCUCAACAUGACCGAUGGCAACAAAGACAGGUCCAAUAACAUCACGGAUUCGCUGGCCAACCGAACCCUCAUUGUCACCACCAUUCUGGAAGAGCCCUAUGUGAUGUACCGGAAAUCUGACAAACCCCUGUAUGGAAAUGACAGAUUUGAAGGAUAUUGCCUGGAUCUGUUGAAAGAAUUGUCAAACAUCCUGGGUUUCCUUUACGAUGUUAAACUAGUUCCGGAUGGCAAAUAUGGAGCCCAGAAUGACAAAGGAGAGUGGAAUGGGAUGGUUAAAGAACUCAUAGAUCACAAGGCUGACUUGGCGGUGGCUCCUCUGACCAUCACUUAUGUGCGCGAGAAAGUCAUUGACUUCUCUAAGCCCUUCAUGACCUUGGGCAUUAGCAUCCUCUACCGGAAGCCCAAUGGGACCAAUCCAGGCGUCUUCUCCUUCCUCAACCCUCUGUCUCCAGACAUUUGGAUGUAUGUGCUCCUAGCCUGCUUGGGAGUCAGUUGUGUACUCUUUGUGAUUGCAAGGUUUACACCCUACGAGUGGUACAACCCCCACCCCUGCAACCCCGACUCAGACGUGGUGGAAAACAAUUUUACUUUACUAAAUAGUUUCUGGUUUGGAGUUGGAGCUCUCAUGCAGCAAGGAUCAGAGCUGAUGCCCAAAGCUCUAUCGACCAGAAUAGUUGGAGGAAUUUGGUGGUUUUUCACCUUAAUCAUCAUUUCAUCCUACACUGCCAACCUGGCUGCCUUCCUGACGGUAGAGAGAAUGGAAUCUCCCAUAGAUUCAGCAGAUGAUCUGGCAAAGCAAACCAAGAUAGAAUACGGAGCGGUCAGAGAUGGCUCGACAAUGACCUUCUUCAAGAAAUCAAGGAUAUCCACCUAUGAGAAGAUGUGGGCUUUCAUGAGCAGUAGGCAGCAGACCGCCCUGGUUAAAAACAGUGACGAGGGGAUCCAAAGAGUGCUCACCACUGACUAUGCCCUGCUGAUGGAGUCCACCAGCAUCGAGUAUGUGACUCAGAGAAACUGCAACCUCACUCAGAUUGGGGGCCUCAUUGACUCCAAAGGUUACGGAGUGGGAACGCCUAUCGGCUCUCCUUACCGGGAUAAAAUUACGAUAGCUAUUCUCCAACUGCAAGAAGAGGGCAAGCUGCAUAUGAUGAAAGAAAAAUGGUGGCGGGGAAAUGGGUGCCCUGAAGAAGACAGCAAAGAGGCCAGCGCUCUGGGAGUAGAAAACAUUGGGGGCAUCUUCAUUGUCCUGGCUGCUGGACUGGUCCUUUCUGUAUUUGUAGCCAUUGGAGAAUUUAUAUACAAAUCACGGAAGAACAAUGAUAUUGAACAGAAAGGAAAGUCAUCAAGACUUAGAUUUUAUUUUAGGAACAAAGUAAGGUUUCAUGGGAGAAAAAAACAAAGCCUUGGUGUAGAGAAGGUUUGUUCAUUUUCUAUAGCAUUACUGAAGUGUCCGUAUGCCUUGAUAAACCUAUCAUGUUUGGAUCAUCUCAAUGGGGGAAAUUGCCUUAAUUUAACUCUCUUUUGGUGUCUCAGCAAAGUGUCUCUCUUUCAAUGCCAUCAUGGAAGAACUGGGCAUCUCACUCAAGAAUCAGAAAAAACUAAAGAAAAAGUCAAGAACUAAGGGGAAAUCCUCUUUCACAAGUAUCCUUACUUGUCAUCAGAGACGGACUCAGAGAAAAGAGACAGUGGCGUGAUCCAGGAAAAAACACUUUAGGAACAUUUUUGGGAAGGAAAAGGAUAUGCCUGCUGCACAUUUUUGAGAAGGAUUUCUGCUGAGUGUGAGAUGUGUUUCCAUAUAUCUAUAUCCAUAACUCUGACAAUGGAUAGAAUCAGAUAUGUAUAAUCCAUAACUGAUUAUGGAUAUAGAUAUAAGAAAUGCAUAAUUAAAAAAAAACUCACAUAAAUAAUGUGGAAGUAACACCAGUUCUUUUGAAAUAAAUUUGUAUGCGCACUUAUUUUGCAUUUUCUCUUUUGCCCCAAUAAAUUGCUGUGUGUGCUUUCUAAACAAUAAUAAAACAAGUUUUUUUGUUUUGUUUUGUUUUUUCAAAACAAG